GAAAACCCAGUUAGUCCAUUUCAGACGACCAAUGCUCGAUGAGCGAUUCUCUUCUGAGCAAUCCCAAUUCAACCAAUAGUUGAAAGUUUUAACCGAAUUUUGACGAUUUAUUAAUUAGGCAAACAUGUUUUUAUCUUGGUAUUGUAUGGUGCUAAUGCUCAUCACAAACGCCCACGCAGCAUUGUUUAAAGUAACCUCGCAGGUAUACAUGGAAAUUUCAAUCGACGGAAAGGAACGUAGCCGCAUGACCAUUGGAUUGUUCGGUGAAGAAGCUCCCAAAACGGUGGAGAAUUUCAGACAAAUUUGCAUCAACGGUAUCGAUGGAAUCUCGUAUAAAGGAAGCCGAAUUCAUCGAGUUAUUCCAAAAUUCAUAGUUCAAGGUGGCGACAUCGUCUCCGGUGACGGCCACGGUUCUAUCAGCAUCUACGGCAAGUACUUCGACGACGAGAAUCUCAACAUCAACCAUACCACUUCGGGAUUCGUGGCGAUGGCAAACCGGGGUCCGAACACCAACGGGUGCCAAUUCUACAUCACAACCCUCCCGGCACCGUGGCUGAACGGGAAACACACCAUCUUCGGUAAGGUGCUGGACGGUCAGGGAAUCGUGCACAAAGUCGAACAGCAGAAAACGGACACCGAUGACUACCCGGUGCCGACAAUUCUCAUCGACGAUUGUGGCGACGAACCGAUGGGGGAACCGUUCGUCAUUUCCGACGAUCCUUACGAUCUUUGGGCAUGGAUCAAGGCAGGAUAUUUCCCCCUAGGAAUGAGCUUUUCGAUUCUGGCAUUUUUCCAGUACAUCAUCCGGAAAUUGGAUGCCUAUUCUUAGGUCACAUUUCUUCGAACGCAUUUGUAACAAAAUACAAAACAAAUAAAAAAUGAAACGUA